AUGAAGCUUGAAGGUGAAUGGAAGCAGUUGAUUUGGCGGGGAGAUUCUAGCGUCAUCGGCCGGGACAUCCAGGACAGUCUUGUCGACACCUGUCUCAUGAUCGACGCACGAGUGCUAUCUAUUACUUCAGUCGCGGACUUUAUCAAUUUUAUACUCGACGAGACCAAUAGCUUGACCACUGUCGUUGUAUGCUCAACUCGCGAAAGACUGCUCAAACAAUUGACCGCCGAUAUAUCCGCACAGUUACAAGAACACGAUGAUCACCAACUCUCUGGAAAUGGCCCAUCGCCGCUUCUAGAAGCAGCUCCACACCCGUCUCCAAGCAAGCUAUCGUUGUUGUCAAAUACCAUCGGCGCAAUUACUAUUUCUCAAAGAAUCAAGCUAGUAUUCUGCCCUUCCCUGGCACAUUUGCGCGCAUAUCUAUCUACGUUCCAAUUACACCCAUCGCAUAAGAGUAUCGACAAUCAAAAGCAAGCUGCAGAACGUGGGAGACCAGUGAUAGCGAUCCUGGACUUCCUUGCCAUCCACUAUGUGAGCACUCAGUUCUCAGCACAAGGGUUAUCGCAGACACUGUCUUUGGCUGUUGAAACAGCAGCUCGGACUGAUUCGAGCAUCUUGUUGUGCGAAUGCGACGAUGCAGUAAAUCCAGGAGAUCGCGAUCAUGGUCAGAGAUUAUGGGAUCUGCAUGUUCCUCUGUUGAAUGGUGGAUCAUUGCGGUCAGAUCAUGAGAGAGCUGGUAGACACAUCCCUGUCCGACAAGUAGCUCAAAGGUGGUUCAGGUUUGAAUGA